UAAACGAUCAUGAUACCAUGAAGGAGUUUGAGAAUUUUGUUCUUAACGAACAGAAGGACGAGCCCGUCGUGAUUUUUAACGAAGUGCUCCACGCAGAAGGUGAUCCGAGGUACGUCAAACUGAAACUCACUGAUGACUGGAAAGAAUUCCGUCCAAGAUUCAAAGACUGUACCUUCCUUCACCAAAGUUAUCUCUUUCCUGGGAAAGGUGCUAUCCACGAGACCUUCCUGGAAUCCAUGACAAAAGGCGAUAGGGCCAGGAAUGAAAACGUCACCUGGACCUUCGAUGCACAUGGUCCAGUACGUAAAUUGGAAUCCGAGGGUGAUUGGGUCAAGUUUGAAGAAGACCGUACAGAUGUCUUCAAAUUUCCUCAAGCAUGGCCUGAGCCAGCGAUGGAAUGGUUGGUUCGUCCACGCACUGGUCCUUGGCCAUCACCUGGUCUCGUCCAGGAAGUGUUUGAAUCUGGCUGCCAUAUUGCACCAGUGGGAAGAGGUAAACGGGACCAUGAACCGGUGGACAUGAUUAACUACCUAAAAGAUCCUAUUCAAUCGACUUCCGGAGAGCAGGAUGCAUCAGUUAUGGAUCAAACUGAAUGGAGACUAUCUUUCUCUGUAGCUGAAAACAAACUUGCUCAAAGUGUAACUCCGAUUCAACGACAUGUCAUGAUUCUUCUAAAGAUGAUCAAGAAGUUUUAUUUCCCUGAUGUCGGCAUAUCAACUUAUCUACUAAAGAAUUUGAUGUUUUGGGAAAUCGAAAAGCAAAAUGAAAGUUUUUGGAAGGAAGACAACUCAACCAAGUGCCUCCUGCAUAUGCUGAAUCGUCUUCAGCAGUGCCUUGAAGAAGGAUCUCUUUCACAUUACAUACUGCCAGAAAGCAACCUCUUAGCGUACGAAGACCCUAGGAAACUUGCAGAAGCAGUACACUUGAUCUUUGAUGUACGCAGAACAUUUUUACCAAAGUCCAUUAGCAUGCUUCAGAGGAGUUUCUCAUUGACAUAUCAGUCCAGCACCUUCCACCGAAGAUUGUUUUUUGAACCAUUUCUCGAUAAGCUUCGUGAUUCUACUUUGCCUGAUUGUGAAAUCAAAGAAAUGGUUUGCUCAUUGCUGCUUGUCUUUGCAAGCAGGGCCCAAGACUGCGUUCAGAGCAUGUUAAGAUUGCUCCAAAGAAGUGAUGCAACUGAAGACCGAAUACCAGGAAUUCGCCUAACACUUCACGCCUAUGAAUCUCUACUUGCAAGAUGCCUCGCGAAGGCAUGGUUGGUCCGGCACUCUGUGAAUGUCAAUGAGCAGAAAUUCAUCGAGUUUCUUAAGAAUGAAUGUAAAAGUUUUUCUCCGAGUGAUGAAUUUAUGCAGGUAGCUCUUGCUUUUCACCAGCACGCUUGUGAAGGGAAAGACCUCGGUAACUUAGUGCCCUAUACACGUGCAAUGGAAAAUGUUAAGGAGAUGUGCAGGCUAGCUGAAGAGCGCUCUUUGGAAGAGGGAAAAAUGAUGCAAAAUAUCAUUGGAUUGAACUCUAGUGACUUUAAAGAGGCUGGGAAAAUUGUCAAGGAAUUAAUGAAAGGAGCCAAACUGGAUGAUGUUACUACAGAAGAUUUAAACGCCAGACUUAAUGAUGCUUUAAUGGAGAUUUUCUUUCGAAACAAGUCCUCUUCGUUAACAUCGGAAUAAACUCAUUACAACGGCAUUCUAUGAGAGUUCAAGAUGACGUCGAGCUGAUAUUUUUAUUAAUCUGACAAUAGUUCAAGAGUAUUUUAACAACUGUUUAUACAUUGCCAGCAAUUAAGCAAGAGUAUAUUUGAAUAGCAUUCUUAUGAAGAUGUGUUAAUUUUGGUUAAAGCAUGCAAAAGCUUGCUCAUAAAUAUGAAUGAAAUACUUAAUGAAUUAUAACUAAAAACUGGGCUGAAUAAAAACUUUUUAUAUACGUCCUCGGC